CAGCAAGAGAACGCGAGUGGGUGGUCGUCUCGCCGUUCUUUUCCCUCUGCCUCAUUGCUCCUUUGCACAUCCAAAGCCCAACUCAUGUAUAGGAAGGUGUUCUUGACGAAGAUAAGUGUGUGCCUUAACACAUUCCCUUACCACAAGGAAUACGGGCUAACAGAUGGUUAUAGUGACUCUGUUGUGUUGUGGAUGAGGAAUUAACUCAUUUUUCGCUCAUUUGAAACGCAAAGAAGCGAAGACGACAAACGUCUGCCUGUUGUGUCCCGAAAAAAAAUAAACUCUUAACAAUUGACGUGAACUUUCGGCAACUGCCAGAAUAGACAUUCUUUGCUAAGUAACUGAUAUCAGACAAACCGCAAGCAACAAUUUUGCUUGAGAGAAAAGUAAGAGAGAAAACCUCAGAGACACAGCACGUCCAGCUUUGGCUUUGAGAGAAGUUCCCUGCCGUCUUUGCUCCGCAGUUUACGUGGUUGUCACGGCCGUGGUACACCAGUUGAAAGUGGAUGGAUUGCGGAAAUCGCAGUCAACCGAGCUUCCGAGUUGGAGCAAUUAUUGCGGUCUGAAGCUGACAUUGAAAGAUUAGUAAGGCCAGCGAAGGUCAAGCUGAUGAUGACCUACGUCACUAGGACAGGUGUAUAAAUAUCGCGUCCAGUGCCAGGCAUCGACAGUCACUUGGGAGCUGUGGAAACGACACAACGUGGAGAGUGAGGCAUUAAGGGAGAGAAGAAAAAAUAACAUAGAAACAAGAAACACAAAAACAAUUCAGAUCAGUAAAUAAACCUCUAACGCAAGACUUCGGAUUUUUAAAUAUAUAUUUUGUUCUGAAAGAUCACUUUUCUCUUUGUGAAUUUCCAUAUCGUAAGAGAAAUUUUACAAAUAGACCCUCCCCCCGAGAACAUUUAAUCGACUCCAGGCUCCGAUUCUUAAAAGCACAGCAGUCGCCAGGCAAGGAAGGGCGAGCGAGGUAUUCCCCUCCUGGGCUGCGAGGAGAGAGUAUGGCCCCGACUCCUACCAUGGAACCCUCCAGCGGGGAAGAAGAGUGGCGCAGGAUGACCAGGGAACACCCGGUCAUGAGGAUGUCCAGGAAUGAUAAAGAAGCUGGAAUGGAUUAUGUCAACAUCCCCCACGUUGUUGCCAUGGUGGGUCUGCCUGCUCGUGGCAAGACCUACAUUGCCAUGAAGUUGGCAAGGUACCUUAACUGGGUCGGCCUUCCUACAAAAGUAUUCAAUGUUGGGGAUUACCGUCGUCGGGCCAUUGGGAGCUACCAAGGCCACGAUUUCUUCCCACAAAUCGCGAGCACAACGGGAAAUAAUGCACUGAGCUCUCGUGUGCAUGCCUUCCAUCUUCAGGAUGUGUGUGAGUUCCUGCAGUCUGGGGGGAUGGUUGCUGUAUAUGACGCAACCAACACAGGCAGGGAACGACGGGAGCUGAUCCACCACAUUGUCUGCCAGCGUAUGGGAUAUAAACUCUUCUACAUUGAGUCAAUUUGCAAUGAUCCAUCCAUCAUUGAAACCAACAUCAUGGAAUGCAAAGUGACCAACCCAGACUACACCAACAUGGAGAAAGAGGAUGCAGUGAAGGACUUCCUCAAGCGCAUCGAGCACUACCGUAUCUCCUAUGAGACACUGGACGAGGAGGAGGAAAGCCAGUACAGUUUUAUGAAGAUCUUUGAUGCUGGUCGCCGUGUUGUGGUACACAAGCAAGAGGGACACAUCGAAAGUCGGAUUGCAUACUAUCUCAUGAAUAUUCAUAUCACACCACGAUCUAUUUACCUCACUAGGCACGGAGAGUCGCUCUUCAACCAGCUGGGCCGCAUUGGGGGUGACACAGACCUUUCACACCGUGGCCGCCAGUAUGCCAAUGCCAUGGCAAAGUUCAUCAGCGGGCAGAACAUUCCAAACCUCCGUGUGUGGACAUCAUGCAUGAAGAGGACAAUUCAGACUGCGGCUGGUAUCAGUGCACCCCAGGAGAGGUGGAAGUCCCUCAAUGAGAUCGAUGCUGGUAUUUGUGAAGGGCUGACAUAUGAAGAGAUCCAGGAACAGUACCCAGAAGAAUUUGCCGCUCGUGACCAGAACAAAUACUCCUACAGAUAUCCUCGAGGAGAAUCCUAUGAAGAUGUAGUUGUGCGGCUGGAGAGUGUGAUCAUGGAGUUGGAACGGCAGGAGAACGUACUGGUCGUUGGGCACCAAGCAGUCUUGCGAUGCGUGCUGGCCUACUUCCUCGACAAAACUGGUGCUGAGCUCCCCUACUUGAGAGUUCCUCUACACACACUUAUCAAGCUCACACCACAAGCGUAUGGGUGCAAAGUGGAGUUCUUCAAGAUCCCCAUCGACUGUGUGGACACACACCGAUCCAAGCCUCUCGUAACGCGCAGUGAUGAAGGCAAAGAAGAAGAUAUGCGAGGUGCAUCUAAUGCCGUAGACGUGAUAGACGGAGUGCAAGUCAAUGUGUUGGAAGGCCUCGUAGAGGGCUUGUCUGUUAAUGCCCAGAACCUUGA